AUGACCAAGGUCCCGGAGUAUUAUGAGCAGAAAGACUGGGAGGAUCCCAUCGAGUGGAAAAUGGACUGGACUGGCCCCGACAAGCAAGUCGUGCAGAUCCCGAAUCUAGUUCGUGACGCUAUGACCCCGAGGCCCGAAGUCUCUCCUCCUUAUCGACGGACAUUUGACACCUGGCCCUGA